AUGCAGCUGAGCCCUUUACAAUCGCGCCUUGUCGCGUCGCUGACCGCUACGCUUUGUGUGGUGGCAUUGUAUUUAUUGCUAUCGUCGCCCAAAGGAGCUCUCGCCGCUGAGCUACCUCUCGACUCAUCCUCGUGGAUGGAUCUGGCCAUUCUCGAUACCGACAGAACCGAAUUGCAGACCUCGUCGUACGAACCAAUAUUUAGACUUUUCACCCGCAGCAUACUCGGACGGGCCCAAGAUGUUACGCCACUCGAGAACAACAGGCCCUUGGGAUUGAAUGUCGGCCCGGGCUCCCAACCAACAUGCUACAUUGUCAAGAAGGGUUCGUUAGGGGAUGGUCGAGGCAACAGUAAAAUCUACAUAUCAGCAAACACAUGUUUACAACCAACGAUCAAGGCGGGCAAGAAGGCCAUGUCCCCCGGACAGUUGACCUUGUUCGUAUCAAACGAUACCGACGCAGGAUGCCCCCAGAUUACAAGCACGGCCAAUGGCGUCGAAGCCAAAGGAUUUACCUCCAAAGUCUUCACGGAAGGCGCCGUCGCUUUUAGCAUCAACUCGACCAAUGAUGUCUAUGUUGCAAUCUACGCCCCCAAGCUGUCCGAUGAUUUCGAGGGGACUUACAACUUUGAAAUAGCGGCUUCGAAUAUCACAUAUUUUCACCGAUAUGAAGCAAGUGGCGGUGCAGAGCUUCUGUGGAUGGAUAGUGACUCAACCUCGGCCCUGCUUGUGACGCGAAAUCUCACCGACGACGUCAGCAACCUUAGACACGUAAUGAGCGAGGAUCCUCCCUAUCAGCUAUACGUCAGCGGCAAAGAUACAACGUCGUUGGAUGGGAUGCGCCGUUCAGCAUGCGGUUUCCAGAAGAACGCUCUCAUUGGCUCUAAUAACCAGGGCAACGCGAAGAAUAAUGCCAUGGUUAAGACGGCCAUGACACUUCGAGGACCAGGAGGGCUACCAAAGCAGCAGUUCUAUGUUGUGGGACUCAACGCGACGUCGGCCUACAGCGGCGUAUUGGUAAAGCCCGCUAAUGUCACUGUAAAUUCAAAGCGACAGAUAGGCGGUAGUGAUGUUCCAACGAACCCGGGUAGCAUUGUUUUCCAGGAAACAUCAUUUCAGACCAACGCCGCACCGAAUUGCAAAGUGGUGACAGACUUGGAAUUCUGUGACGAAAUUCAAUAUGCGGUGCCUGGAAAUGACGGAAAAUACAACAACACAGAGCUGGCAAAGGCUUAUGAUAACUAUGCCAAGAGAAUGUACGACAACUUUCUUAAAGUCAUGAUGCAAAUACAAUGCGAGACGGAUCGGACCUCGAGGUACUCGCUGGCUAGAACGUGCGACGAUUGCAAAAAUGCGUACAAGCGAUGGCUCUGCACCGUCAGUAUCCCACGAUGCGAAGACUUCCAGGGCGAGUCACGGUUCAGCGUUAUCCGCAACGUCGGCCAGCCUUUUCCCAACGGCACAAUGUUACCCGAUGAUAUCCGAACGAAUUUGGCACUGGUGCCAUCUCAGAAUGCGUCACGAAAUGCAUUCAUCGACACGGAUAUUCAGCCCGGACCGUACAGGGAAAUUAUGCCCUGCGAAGACAUUUGCUAUCAAGUGGUUCAGAGCUGCCCGUCAAAGAUUGGCUUCAAGUGUCCACAAGAGGGCAUGUACGCUUUCAACGUGAGCUACGGAAAACGAGAUAACGACAACUCCACUGUGUCAUGCAAUUAUCCAGGCGAGGCGCGAACCCCCGUCAAUGGAGCGGCAGCAUUUAUACCCAAUCUGAUGUUUUUGGCGGGUGUAUUGUCAUUAUCGAGUCUUUUCACGGCCCGCGCAGACCUCUCCUCUCGCGAAGCCACCCGCCUACUGGUCCCCAACGUCCUGUCCAACCCAGCCAUCAGCGCCAGACACAAGGCCAUCUCCAUCCUAGUCGCUAAUGCCGGCACAGGCCGCCGCAUCAGAGACAUCAAGGACAUUGAGGAAGACGAUUGGGACCUCACAUUGGAGAUUAACGCGCGGAGCCAGUUUGUCGUCACCAAGGCGUGCCUACCGGGCAUGAGGGACCAAGGCUGGGGGCGGGUGAUUCUGGUGGGCAGCAUCGCAAGCAGGGGAGGGGGCAUCAACGGGUGUCAUUAUGCAGCGAGCAAAGGGGCCAUGACGUCAAUGGGAUUGAAUCUGGCGACGAUCCUGGCCCCCGAAGGCAUCACAGUCAAUAUUGUCCAACCCGCCAUGAUAGGCGCCACAGGCAUGAUUCCCACGCCAAAGGCAACGUGCGUGUUACCUCUCCUUAUCACUGUUGAAUACUUACCAACAAAAGACAGCACCUGGCAAAGCAACACCGACCCGGAAGAACUUAGGUCGACGGAUCCGGGUCUCGCUAUUGCCAGCAGCGUGCCCGUCCAUAGACUAGGAGCGCCUGAAGAAGUGGCCAAUAUCGUCAUCUUGUAA